UUUUUUCUUACAGAUAUGGUCAAGCAUUACAUCUGCACAAUUUGCAAUAGAAAAGCAAAUCGUCGAGACAGAAGACCUGUACCGGCAAAUAUUCAGAAAUAUUUAAAGAAAAAUCUGUCAAUUACUUGCACACCCGAUAGUGUUGUGUGUUCUGGAUGCAGAAUCAAAUUUUAUAGAAAACUUAAAAAACCAAAAGAAUCAGGUCCCGUACCGGUUGAUGAGAGGGGUGAUGCUGGCGAUGCACUCGUUCCGCCGUCCACAAACGAACGAUUCACUAGUCCUCCAUCGGUAAUGCUGAAAAUCUCUUCCACAAGCAGAAGCCACAGCCGCUGUUUCGUGUGCAAAAGGCCUGGACCAAAGUUGGUGUGCCUUCCAGCAGAAGGGCGCUUUACAGUCUUCCUUGACCACAACAUACUAGUACCAGCAGACGCAAGGUGUUGUCCAGUCCAUAUUUCUGAUGGGACUCUGACUCAAGACUCUUUUUCAAACAUACAAACGCUGACAAGUACCUCUUUGCUUAAUCGAUCUUCAAUAUGUAAUAUACUUCAAAAAAUGAGAAACGCUUGCCUAAAUCAGAAUACAUCACUUAAUUUUGAUGCAUUAGACGAACGUGAUUAUCCAUCUCUUACUGGGCUUACCAAACCACAGUUUGAUGAUUUUUGCAGUCAUUUGCUUCAACACAUUAAAACAACGCCUAAAAGGUCUCCAAGAACAACCGUUGGACUUUUUCUUGUUAAGCUUUACUCUGGAAUGUCCAAUAAACUCCUGUCUACAAUAUUUGGCUUAAGCAAGUCAAGCGUUCGCCGCGCAAUUGAGACCGUUCGUCUAAUAUCAAUGAGAACAUUUGUUCCGCUAUAUCUUGGCAUUGAAACUGUCCCAAGGUCAACCCUCAUUCAGAACCACACACGCCAACUUGCAAAGACACUUUUCAACGCUGAUGACAACCAACUGAUCCUUGUUCUUGACGGAACAUAUAUUUAUAUCAAUAAGUCAAAUAACUUCAAGUUCCAGAGGCGUUCAUUUAGCAUGCACAAAGGCCGCCCAUUGGUUAAACCUAUGGUUGUUGUUACAACAACGGGUCACUUUGUAACUAUAGUUGGCCCUUACCUUGCAGAUGGCAAAAACAACGAUGCGGCUAUACUGACCCAUAUGCUACGUGCCAAUAUUCAAAACUUCCGGGAGUUUUUACAGGAAGGAGAUAUUCUAGUAGUUGAUCGUGGCUUCCGGGAUUCGCUGACUCUCCUCACUGAUCUUGGAAUCAAUGCUGAAAUGCCUGCCUUGAUCAGCAAAGGACAAAAGCAGCUAUCGACGAAGGAAGCUAACUCCAGUCGGCUAGUUACAAAAGUAUGUUUAAAGGCACAUCGUGCAUCAUAAAUACAUAUUUUUGUCAUUCUUUAUAAAUGUCAGACAAGUUAUAAUAAUGCUUUAAUAAUGAAUUUAGAGUAUGUUUCAAUUAGAUAAUUUACAACUUAAGAAAAUAGCGCUGAAUGUGUUGUAAUAUAUCGUAAAGUAGCAUAAUAUAUACAAAGUAGUAUUUUGACUUCCGUACAAAAACUUAUCCACUAUGUAAUUAAA